UUCUUUCGGGUGUCGCAUGAACCUGGACGUAUUCAAGAUAAUCAGAUGAAGCAUUCAAGUUCGAGUAUGAAUACGUCUACAGGUGAGAAAUAUUUUUGGUGUUUAUUACUGCUUCCUCGACUAAUUCCUCAAAUAUUUACUUAUCUCUCAAAAUUUACGAUUGAGGAUGGUCACGGAACCGAGACAUUUACUCCCUCGAUAAUGUGCAAGAAUGUGAAGAUUUAG